AGAAUGUCAUCUUUUUCUUAAACCGCAAACCUUUGAUUUUUGGCGUCAGCUGAGAUUAACCUAAUUUUUGAUACUUGCUAUAUUUUUUUGCUUAUAAUCUGCAGUCGAUCUUCUCUCCUCUUCGUGUUUUUUAUUUUUUGCAUUGAUAAGAUGUUUUUACAUACAUGAUUAUGAUUAUGUUGAGAUGGAACGCGAAAACGAGACUGGUUGGUAACAGUGGUUGUUGACCUUGUUUGAAAAAUGGCGCUUGUCCGUGAUUCCAAUCAAAGUGUAGGUACUGUAUAUGUACGGAGAAAAGUUAGAGCUAACACGCUUUGAGUUUACUGCAAUGUGAAUGUUUUCACUUAAUGAAGACCGCAGAUCAUGAGGAAAGGAAGAAGUCAUGCUUCAUUGAAUAAGGCUAUAGAUGAUCUUCUUGGAGGUGAUGAUGAUGUCUCUGCAAUAUCUCAUCAAAAGCAUGCCUCAAAAAGCACUUCAGGAGCCAAAAAAUCAGGUGCAUCGUCUAGUCCAAAGAAGACUCUUCUAACAGCUACCUCUUCAUCAAAGGAUUUCUACAGUAGUUUGUCAGCGAUUGCUGGUCAUGAUGUUAUAGAAGAUGGGAAUGAAGAAGAUGUCGAUGUGAACCCAGAAGAUGCAGCACAAGUUGCAAAAGAUCUGGCAGACAUGGACGACUUAGAAUCUGACCUUUUUGGGUCUUUUGGUGGAAAGAAGAGCAACCAGAAAAACAAAGGAAGUGUAUCCCUGUUUUCUUCAAAGCAAAAGAAGAAAACGAACGAAUUUGCAGACUUUGACGAAGAUGAUCCUUUGGCUGGCCUGGGCCUCUCAGAUGAAGAAGACAAUGUCAAAGUGAAAUCCAAGAAGCCUGAUCUAUCGAGAAAGCUGUCCCAGACAUCUAGCAAGGCAAAGGUUGAUCCUAAUCUAGGAGCCUCAAACUCACGUGCUCCAGACACAUCACCAGUCAGAUCAUCAAGUUUCGACAAAGAAGAUCCCUUCCUUGCAACUGAUCCUCGUCCACGUUCUGGCAGUGGGGGUGAUAAAAUGAUGAGGCGAUUGAACAGCUGGGAUGAUCCGUCAGUUGGAACUCAAAGCGAAUCAGAAAUCACUCCUCGUUCUAGAUCCAACUCGGGAACACAGCAAAAGCACAGCAGAAAAGGAUCCAAAAAGAAGAAGGUGAACCCCGUCGCUGACAAACCGAAUGAUGUGUUUUUGGAGAAACAUCAAGAAGCGGGCCUUUCGCCAAGAGACCUUUUGCCAAGAGACCCCAUUGAUGCACCAGACACCAAACCUGAUGUCGAUUCUACUAGAAUGCGUAAAAAGCCACCGAAAAAACCUGCUGUCAAGGAUACUGACGAUAUAUUUACUGACGAUGACGACCUUCCCGGGCUGAGUGGUGACGAAAUCACCUUGCCAACAAAAAAAAUAGCUGAAAAGCAAGCAGCAGAGGAGGAGCCUGUACGGAAGGCCACUUCUGCCUUAGACGAUCUUCUCGGUGGAAAACCAAGGGGGAUCGAGCAGAAGGGCAGGAAGCCAACGUUUCUGGAACAGAUGAUGUCAAAGCCUGGAGGAAAGGGACACAGUUCUGAUCUCCCGAUAGAAACUGAAAGCCCCAUCACCAGUCCAAGAGAAAAGGAAGUCAAAUUUGGAGGCUACAGUCCUUCUGUAGGUGUCACAAGACCAACAACCGCGCCAAAUAAAAGAAGUGUCCGCUUUGCAGAUGAGCUGGGUUUUGAUGAGCUGGAUUUCUCUUUUUCUGAAAGUAGGCCGUCUUCUGCACCGGAUGGUGGGCGAGCAAAGAGAGCUGCGACUAAGUCAAGAGACAUUUCAGCUGGAUCCUCCUUUGAGGAUGAAAAUACAGAUAUAUCUUUGGAAUUGAGCUCUAGUGAUUUUAGAAAAACAACAACAAAACAAGGCAAGAAAAUAAACAUUGCUAAAAGCAACGAGCCAAUGAAUUCAGGCCCACAAGACAGUAAAGCUGGAGAUGAAUGGCUUGGACUUGAGAAAGACAAGGAGGCAAAACAAAGUAGUGAUGGUAAAAAAACAAACCCAGGAAAAACGAGCCCAAGGAGAUCGUUACAAGCGUCUAGAAGAAAUAAGCAAGAUUUUGCGCCAGCCAAGGAAGAUGAUUUGCAAGGACAAGAAAUACUUGGUUCUACAAAGUUAGCAGCAGAGAAGGCAAACCGGGCUGAAACUAUUGAACCGGCUGGCAAAAUAGAAGACCAGGUCAAACCAACCCUUACCAAACAGACGUCCAAAGAUGAUUGGCUUGGACUUGGUGAUGAAGACAUGACCGAAAACAUUCUCACCAAAAGCAAACCAAAACCUACAAAAGAAACACCGAUAGCAAGUAAGCAGUCUACAGAUACCGCCAAGGUCCCUGAAGAUGAACUUUUCCCUUGGGAGACUCCAGGCCGUUCUGGACGGCAAAGAAGGGCAAACUUCAGCAGAAGGCAAAGUGAACAAAAUACUGCUAGAGAAGAGGCCUCUAGUUUAGCAGCUGGAACGAAGGAAAAGGCUUCAAACAUCUCUAUAGAAGAAAGCAUAAAAGAACCAACUUCCCAUUCUACACCUUUAGAUUCUAAGAAGACUUCGGCCCAAGCUGUUCUCAUUGAAAGCAACAAGGACAAAUUCAAUUCAUUGAACAACCAACCUCCUUCGUAUGAGCAACAUACAACGCAACAACAAGCUAAUCAACAGAUCGAAUAUUCUGCUCCUCCCCAACAGUCGGAAAUUACUCAUAAUAGGACGCCAUAUUCGCAGAUUGAACAGCCGAACCAGGGAAUGAGCCAGUCACUAGCAACCUCAAAUCAACAAUUAGCUGCACAAAUGGAUAAUGGUUUCCUUUCAUAUGGAACAACAGGUGCCCCCCAGGUCGGUCUACAGGAUGCUGUUUUGGCACAAAUGGUAUCAGCAGAUGGCAUCAGAUCAUUUGCUGUCAAUCCAGUCGGUAUUAAUUCUAGUGGUUUCCAUCAAACGAUCAUUUCUCCCUCGAAUGAUAGAAAACUGUUAUCACUACAGAUGGAGAAGCUCAAUGCAGAAAAGAAACUGCACCAGCAAACACUCGAGCAAUACCAAAUUGCCAACUCACAAAUGGAACAAGACCGUAGAUCUUUAGAGUCAGAAUUGCGAGAUUUGCAGUCGAAAAUCAGCACGAUUGAAGAUGGGAAGAUAAAACGUGACAUUGAAGCAUCGAAGAAAAUCGAAGAUCUUGAAAACGAGAUUCGAAAGCUGAAGAACGAAAAGGAAGUGCUAAUAAGCUCUCAAGAACUGUCUAGAAAGCGGCAUGAAGAAGAAAGAAGGGCGAGCGAAAAUUCGUACAAAUCUCGCCUGCAGAUGAUCGAAGAUACGUACAAAAACAGAGAAUCGCAAAUCAAAGAUGAAAAUGCUUUUUAUACUAAGCAGUCAAACGAGAGGAUUAAAAUCAUGGAAAAUGAGAAAACUGAACUGAUUUCAGCAAAUAAAGAAAGAAUAACAACGAUAGAAAAGAACAAAGAGCUUGAUAUUGAACGGAUAAAGGCGUUGCACAAAAAGGCAAUGGAAGAACUGAGACAAGACUACGAAGAACAGUUGCAGCGGUUACAUCAUUUGAAAGAACAAGAAAUUGCAGCAGCCACUAGCAUGUUCUCACAAACCAAGUCUCUCCAAUCUUUGAUUCAACAGGUCCAUAAUUCCACUAGCGAGAUGGAACAGUUGCAAAAACGAAUGGGUGUCUCUCACAAAGACAACCUUUAUGAACGUGAAACGUCUUUGAGGAUGAAAGAUGAAUAUCUAAAGACCAUGCAAGAGAGGCUGCAUAGACAAGAGACCGAGAACGCAGAAGAGCGAGCACGGUUGCAGAGCCUGGUAGCGAAACUUGAGAUGCAGCUGAGAGAACAGGGAAGACAGUUUGACCAGGACAAAUGGAAGCUGACGCAAAACGAGAAUAGAGUCGUGUCACUGCAGGCUGCAGUUGAAGAAGAGCGAAAAUACACAAUGCAGCAACUGGCAAUAGAGCGGCAAAUGAUUGAGAAAUCGCGUGACGAAUUGAUGAAUGAACAGCGAAAGAUUUUGUCCGAAUGCCAUGAAGAGAGAAGGAAACUGGCGGCUGAAAAAUCCCAACUUGAAGCCCUUCAAGAGAAGUAUAGCAAAGAAAAUCUUGAAAGAGAGCAUGCAGUUUUGAAAGACCGGGAAUCUAAGAUACUUAAAGAGGAAGAGCGCCUUGAAAGAGAGAGAAAUGCCCUUGAGCUGUCGUUUAAAACAAUCAAUGAAGAGAAACAAAAACUGGAAGAGUUUGCGAAAGCAAUUCAAAAAAAAUCGAAAGAAGUCGAGAUAAUGUCAAAGGAUGCAGUGAAGUUGCAACAGGAGGGGCUUGAGGCCUUGGAGCAGUGUCAUAUUUUAAGGCUUGAAAUAGCCGAUGCUUCCAGUUUGCUGGAAACAAGAAGCAACCGAAUAGAACAGCAGGAAAAUGCCUUAAAAGAGAAUCAAGCACUGCUUAAGAUUGAACAGACACAAUUGCAGGUUGCAAAGGGAAGUCUCCGCUGCGCCCUUUGCCAGCGAGCAGUGGGUGCGCCCCAGUUUCUUCAACUGUUACAAUCACCAAACUUCUCCCAAAAAGCUACAUCGCAGCAGCCACAACAGCAACAGCCUCCUCUGCAACUAGAGCAACAGUUUACGAGGCCUUCCAGUCCACCCGCUAGUUUGAGUUCAUCAAGUGUUACCACUAUCACGUCAAUCAAUGAGAGUCAGCCAGAAACUCGGGCUCAAGUCGGAUCGACUUUGCCACCACCCCCGGACAUAUUAGUUGGCAGUUUGAAUUUCAACCGUACAGUCCGCAAAUGGUCAGCGGACAAAGAGCAAGAUGAAGAUUUCUUUGAAGAAGAAAGACGAUUUUUGAAUGAGAUUCAAAAGAAGCGAGACUCCAAACUCAGUGGUGUGACAUUCCACACAUGACAGAUUUUCGUCUUUGAAGCACAAACAGGAAAUUGGUUUGGCGGGAAGUUCCAAGAGGACAUCUUCAUGUGAUCUAAACUUAGUCGCUUAUUGGCCACUCAAUCUUUCUUCGAAAGAUUUUUGUCUUUUUGAUCCGCACACGGCAGACUGUUUUAUUUGUCCUUCAAAAACCGUCUUCGAAAUUUAAACAUGUUUAACUUCGAAGACUGUCUUUAAAAGACAAAAUCUUUGUCCUUGACAAGCGCAUACGGCAGAUUUUUGUCUCUGGAAUGCUAAAGACAAAAAUCUUCGUCUUUUAAAGACGAAAGUCUGCCGUGUGUGCUGGGCUUUACGAAGACCCUAACAAGAGCCACAUACAAAUAAGAGGGAAAGAGAGCACAUUUGUUUAUUUGAGGGAAACAACUGAAUGCAGAGAAGAGAAUAUAGAAUAGAGAUGGCUUGAUCCCGGGAGUUUGAUCAGGACAGUGACGGGGUGUGCAGAAACCCUAAUCUCUAUGGGACAGCUUUUUGGCACCCUGGCCCUAUCCCAUAAAAACAUGCCAAUAGCAUAUCGUAUCCCUUAAAGAAUAUGCAUAAAUAUGGCACUUUCAUGCCAAAAUAAACCUGAGCGGAAAGAGAAUCUACAAUGUGCCUAACGCACGUUGUUUGUGCUUUGUGGGAGCAGAUAAUUGAAGAAUGUCUAUCUUCUGCUUCAAAAUACCCUGUCCUAAACAGUUUUCUUUAAUUUUGAUACCCUGUCCCAUAUUUUUAAUCGAAAAAGUAUAUGGGUACUCCGCGGCACACCUCGUUGGAGUUUGAUCUAGGAAUCGAUGAAAUUGGACCAAAUUAAACAUUUUGUAAGUACUAGGCAUUAAUCGAAAGUAUUAAGCAUGCUUCAGGCUUGCGAUCUGCGCUGGAAAUUAAACUUUUUAGAGUUGGAAGAGUUGGAAGAGAAUAUCAACAGAAAAAUGAACAAAAUUUGAUAAAAUAAAAUAACGACUUUGUACAAGAAAUGAGUCUUUGGUACAGCGUUUCGAGUUUAACUCUUCAUCAGGUAAAUAAAUAAUAGAAGAAGAAACGGUUAAGAAGAGAAAAGAACAGUAGAUAAUCUAAAGAUUAGCUAUAUGGAACGUAGUAGAAAUACGACGUAGAACUUAAGACGAGAUGGAAAUAUGUGAGGAGGUGGAAAGCGUAUAGAUAAAAUAAGGUGAAAAUUAAUAAUGGCUGGAUUCAGGGGUGGCGCCAGAAAUCUUCCGACAGAGGGGCUGGAGCUUCCGACAGGGGGCUAAAAUGACUAAAAUAAGCAGUUUUCGUACGUUAUUUUGUCAAAUUUGCUCCGACAAAAACCUAAAAUUUCCUCCGAUGGGGGGGAUGGGCUAGAUGCUUCCGACGGAGGGGCUGUAGCCCCCCUAGCCCUCCCCUGGCGCCACCACUGGCUGGAUUAGGAAAGAAAGGAAAAUUGUUUAUUAAGACAAUUAGGGAUAAGAGUACCAAGAUUAAAAAUAAUACGUUUUUCGAGGGUUUUGCGCUUAGUGUUGUUAUGAGGUGCGUAGCAAAGUCCAGUGAUUUUCAUGUUGGCUGUUGUAUGGCCAUCUUUGAUCAACAGAAAAAGCCAUACAGCAACAUCAACAACACACAUCAUCAGCAACAACAGCAACAUCAACACGAGAGUCGCGAAUAGAAAAUCACACAUAUCAUCAAAUCAUGUAUCUUCAGCAAAAAAAUCUAUGUUGAUAUACAUGGAACCAAGUUUGUACAUAAGUGUUAUUAUCUUUUACAUAUCAACGUCCCUCGCUGCAAUUGGAUAUGAUGCAGUUUAUGAACCGGACUUUCCAAGCAGCUGCCUUGGUCAUUCACCAUGCUAUUUUGGGCUUUUGGCAUUCACUCUUAUACCUGUGACAUUUUUCUUCCUGCUGUUCAACUGGUUUGGGUUUAAGCUCUUCAUUCAAAACUGAUCAAAAAUAGCUGAUGUGAGCUUUUGGUGCAUUUGUCUACUAUUCAAGCAGGUUUCUUUAUUUUAACAUGAAUGGAAAAUUUUUCGUUUUUGUUCUAACUGUAGGUAGUUAUAUUAAGUUUGAUAAAAUAGGUAAUCACAGUUCAAGAAACUGUGCUCCUUGUUGUAAAAAUUUCUACUCAUACUAGUUUCAAAAGCAGUUUUAUAUAAAAAACAUACUUAACAAAUACUUAUGAAAGUAAAUUAUAUUAACUUUUAUAAGUUUGGUAUACUAUGUUACAAUAUUGAAGCAUUGAAACUUGCAGUUUAUUAAAAUGCUUGAAGUCUGUCUAGCUAGAGCAGACAGCUAAUAGUGAAAUAGUGAAAGCACACUGUUUUCUUGCUAUUAAAUAGUUCCUAAAAUAUUUUCCUAAACUUUUAAAGUGGCUGUUUGUUGUGGAGUAAAAAGCUGCCAUCCCACAAUCAUAUUUUCAUAAAUGACUGUUUCUUUGCUUAGAAUUUAAGUUGUUUAUUCUUAGUUGACCCGAAUGGAAAUUUGAUGUAUGUUUAUUCUGCAUAUCAAACUGAUUCAUGACUUGUGUUGGUAGUGAUUCUGAUUGUAUUCAGUAGAAUGCUCUUUCCUCCAUCGGUUCUGUCACUUUUCAUUAUGAUGCAAAGUUUGAGGAUGCGUUUGGCCUAUGCCAGCAUGUGUUCUUUACUACAAAUUCAUUCUUUUGAUGAAGACCUUUUUGACCCAUAUAUAUAAGGCACAUUUCUAUAUGUUAUUUGUAGUGGUACCAACCCACUCUGUUUGCAAAUAGAAAUCUAUGUACCAAACGGGUAGGUCUGGGCUCUUUGGUUAAAUGAAGAUUGGCUACGUCGGUCAUUAGACAUUUAGGAUCCUACCUAUGUGUUACUAUGGCAAACCUACGUGUUACUUCAGGGUCCUAGAUAUCAUAGAACAAAGACGUGACGUCAUCGAGUAGCAGAAAUAGCAAUGCACUUCACUAGACAGAAAAGUAAGCAAUUUUGGGGAUGUUCUCGCUAAUUUCCGUGAAAUCAGUAUUCAUGACGUUUAAUUGCUAGUGGGUUGAUUGAAAUUCUUUCCCUAUCAUACCUUCAGCUCUUCCUGUGUGUUUGCUUGCUACCAUGAAGUUUUCUAUUUAGUCGCCCCUUUCUACUAAUUGGCUGAGAAUAUUAGUAAAUCUGGCCGGGUCUUUUUACUUUGAAAAGGGUUUUUUUGCAAAGCUGUCAUGGUAUCCCGAAAUAGAAUCUAUAGAAGAUUAUUCUAAGCUGCUGAAGAAAGGGCACUUGGCAGCAAGUAAACAGAAACGCAUCACUCUACUUGCAACCAAGGAUAGAAACAUAUUAGCCGAGAGUACAAUAGUUUUACUUAACAAUAUCCCAUCGAUACGCUUGUAAAUAUUUUUGCCAUCGCAACUAUACGCAGCUGCAAACGGAUACAUGAGUACAGUGCGACUGUAAUGAAGCUAUUUCGUUGUCUGCAAGAGACAAGUGCGUGUUUCACGAAGGGCCCAUCUAUUUUGUAUGUUGCUUUCGAGAGUUAAGAACUUACAGAGUCAUUGAAAAGUCCCAAAUUGGAAGACAGCUUGGCGUAAAAUGUAUUGAUGCUUGGAUGAGAAUGUCAUCAGAGUGUUUUUAAAUACGUCUUUAUGGGUUACAUUUAUGAUUACCGAUGUUGCUUUUGAUCAUGGAGUCAUCAUUUGUGGUACAAAACUCAGUGUUCUAAAACAAGACUGUGUGCAUCUUUCUUGGCAUAUACUUUAUCAAUUUCAAAGGAUGGGUUGUGGGAUGAGCGUGCAGACGAAAGAGGCCACUGUGUCAGAAGCAUCUGUAAGUAAUGCCGAAGAUGCCAACAACGUGAACCAAGUUGUACAAAUUCUUAUUCUCGGGCCGUCGAACAGUGGAAAAAGCUCGUUCUUGAAGCAAGUUCG